AUGCUGGGUAUCCCUGGUGUACAGCCAACACGGCUUUGGCUAUUUCGAACGCCGCCUAGCACCCAUCAAAGUACCUCCCUGUCUGUGAUAUGGGCAUCCUCUGCGCCCUUUGAUAGGACACCUACAAUCCUGAUUGUAUCGAGCAAUUUGGAAAUUUGGGAUGACGGAAGACUUGGAAGGAUAUGCCUCCCAUGUAUGAGAUGGCACCAACCCUUUGAGUUUAGUUCUAGCUACCAAAUCCCUUCUGGCUUUCUUCGUCGAUGCUUGACGACAGGCUUGACAGGACGACGGUAUCGCGAGCAAGGUGUUGGCCCGGUACUUUGCCCCUCCGCAUAUUAG